UCCGCGGCCGGCCAUGCCGCGCCGCUGCCGCCGCCCCGCCGCAGCCGGCUGAGGCCGCCCAUGGCGCGGCUGGCGGCCGCCUAUGAGGCGGCGGUGCCCGCCCGGCCCGCCUGCGUCUACACCAGCUGCUACUGCGAAGAAAAUGUUUGGAAACUGUGUGACUACAUCAGAAGCCGGGAUCAAUACCCUCUGGAAGAAUUUUACACUGUUUUCAUAUCCAAUGACAGGAGGAUGAUUCCCCUAUGGAAGCAGAAAUCGGGACAUGGAGAUGAACCUGUUGUCUGGGACUACCAUGUUAUUCUGCUUCAUGUUUCAAGUGGGGAUCAGAACUUCAUUUACGAUCUUGACACGGUGUUGCCAUUUCCAUGCCCCUUUGACGUGUACAGUGUGGAGGCCUUUAGGCUGGAUGACAGCCUUCGCCCAGAAUUUCAAAGGAAAAUCAGAAUGAUUCGAGCAGAUUUGUACUUGAAGACAUUUGCUUCAGACCGAUCUCAUAUGAAAGAUGCCAAUGGGAAGUGGCAGAAACCACCUCCUUCAUACCCUUGCAUUGAAACUGCAGACUCCAAGAUGAAUUUGGAUGAUUUCAUCAGUAUGAAUCCCAAAGUAGGAUGGGGCUCUGUGUUCCCCCUACCGGACUUUGUGCAUCGAUUUGGCAGACAGACUGAUUACAGCUAUUCCUUGAAAGGACAGUGAACAGUUCCAGCGAAUUUACCCAGCGUGGUAACAGAAGAGACAGACCGGUGAACGGCUGUGGGAUUGAUUCAUUUCAUCCAGACAUCUCUUCUGCUCUGUCAUGAGGGCUGGCUGAAUGUAGAAACUUCUGCUUUGUGUCACCAGAUCCAGCAUAGCUGGCUAGCUCUGCCGCUGGGCUGCUGACACACAGACUCCUUGGGUGCCAGCACAGGCUGGAGGCAGGAGACCAGUGGUUGUGCCACUUGUCUUGGCUGUUGGAGAGUCAGCCCGUAGUUCCUGUUCCAGUAAAUCCACUUCGCCAGAAGAGGACAAGAUGCCUGAACUCCAGAUUUCCAAUUACACUGGUGCUCAGUGCACCCCUGAGAGGCGACAGCUCGGGAUUUAACUCAUUGAGCUAAGUUAAUUAGACAAGGGCUUUGAACCCAGGACGCCUUGUGUCAAAGGUCUGUUUUACGGGCAUCUGGAUAAAAUGCCAGCUCUUCCUUCUGUAGGUGUUUUGGGUGAAGCUGCUAUGGCAGGUGUACUUUGUUUGAGUAAAGACACCAUUAUUUACUGUU